UUUUAUAUUGUGCUAUAAAUAUUCCUUAUAGAGUUAGGGUUUGGUUAAUGGAAAAAGAUUAUGACGGUAGAUAGCUAGUUAAAAAUUCUGUCGUACAUAUCUUAUCUCUUCUAUCUUUUAACAGAGAAAUAUUAUUUCUUCCAACUAAUUAAAGAAGAGGGAUGACAAAACGUCAUGAAGUGAAUGAAGAGAAUGAUGGCUCAAUGCAUACAUCUAUUACUAUUAGAACAGUGAGGUACAGAGAGUGCCAGAGGAACCAUGCUGCAAGUGUUGGUGGAUACGCGGUUGAUGGUUGCCGGGAGUUCAUGCCCUCUGGUGAGGAAGGAACUCCUGGUGCUCUAAGUUGUGCAGCUUGUGGCUGUCACCGUAAUUUCCAUAGAAGGGAAGUGGAAACUGAAGUUGCCUCAGAUUGCUCCUCCCCGUCUUAAAAGAAA